UCCUCCUUGGCUGUCUGGGCUCCAUCCCCACCUCCAGCCGCCGGCUUGCCACUGUCCUCCUCUCCCUCCCUCCUUCUCUCCUUCCCUCCCUCCCUCCGCUGGCCAUGGGGCACCCCAACAGAAGAGCAGCUGGAGCUGGAUGACUCUCUGAGGCCGGCGGCCGCAGCGGCAGCAUGGGGAGCUCCGUGGACCUCUGCAGAGAUGGGGGGCCCCCCAUGGCCCCCAGCUACACCGCACGGCCCCCUCCCCCUUCCCAGCAGUGGUUUCUUCCUGUAAGGGGUCCGUGCUGAAUCCUGUCAUGGUUCUGUAAGGAGACUCAUCCGGGACCCGCAACGUACAGCUUCCCGGGUGCGGGAAAGCCGCAUCCAAGAUGAUCAUAAAGGAAUACCGGAUCCCUCUGCCGAUGACCGUGGAGGAGUACCGCAUCGCCCAGCUCUACAUGAUCCAGAAGAAGAGCCGGAAUGAAACGUCAGGCGAGGGCAGCGGCGUGGAGAUCCUAGAGAACCGGCCGUACACUGACGGCCCCGGGGGCUCGGGCCAGUACACGCACAAGGUCUACCAUGUGGGCAUGCAUAUCCCGGGCUGGUUCCGCUCCAUUCUGCCCAAGGCCGCCCUGCGGGUGGUGGAGGAAUCCUGGAACGCGUACCCCUACACCCGGACCCGGUUCACUUGUCCUUUCGUGGAGAAAUUUUCCAUCGACAUCGAGACUUUCUACAAAAGCGACUCGGGCGAAAACCCCAACGUGUUCAACCUGUCUCCUGCGGAGAAGAACCAACUGACCAUCGACUUCAUCGACAUCGUCAAGGACCCCAUGCCCCCCAGCGAGUACAAGACGGACGAGGACCCCCGGCUCUUCCACUCCAUCAAGACGCAGCGAGGACCCCUGGCCGACAACUGGAUCGAGGAGUAUCAGCGGCGCCUCCUGCCCCUCAUGUGCGCCUACAAACUAUGCAAGGUGGAGUUCCGCUACUGGGGUAUGCAGUCCAAGAUCGAGAGGUUCAUCCACGACACAGGCCUGCGGAAGGUGAUGGUCCGUGCCCACAGACAGGCCUGGUGCUGGCAGGACGAGUGGUUUGGGCUGAGCAUGGAGAACAUUCGAGAGCUGGAGAAGGAGGCGCAGCUCAUGCUGUCCCGCAAGAUGGCCCAGUUCGCACAGGACAAGGAGGAAGAGGAGGAGGAGGCCGCGGAGCUCACCAAGAAUCCCCAGGACCUGGUCUCGAGGGAGUCUCCCCAGCCUAGUAUCAGCAGCAGCGGGGAGCCCCUGCCUGGCCGGGGGGGCCUCAAGAAACAGUGGUCCACGUCCUCCAAGUCCUCACGGUCAUCCAAGCGGGGAGCCAGCCCUUCCCGGCACAGCCUGUCUGAGUGGCGAAUGCAGAGCAUUGCCCGGGACUCGGACGAGAGCUCGGAGGAUGAGUUCUUCGAUGCACAUGAGGACUUGUCGGACCCCGAGGAGAUGUAUCCCAAGGAUAUCAGCAAGUGGGACUCCAACGACCUCAUGGACAAAAUCGAAGGCCCUGAGCCGGACACAACACAGGACAGCCUGUUUGGCCAGAAUGCCCCCGAGUACCGUGUCAUCUCCAGCGUUGAGCAGCUGAAUAUCAUAGAGGACGAGGCCAGCCCCCCUCUUGCGGUUGCACCCUCCAAGAUCCAUGUGCUGCUGCUGCUGUUACACGGGGGGACACUCCUGGACAGGGGCGCAGGGGACCCCAGCUCCAAGCAGGGUGAUGCCAACACCAUAGCCACCGUCUUCGACUCCGUGGUGCGGGUGCACUAUCCCAGCGCCCUGGGCCGCCUCGCCAUCCGCCUGGUGCCCUGUCCACCCGUCUGCUCUGACGCCUUCGCGCUCAUCUCCAAUCUCAGUCCCUACAGCCACGACGAAGGCUGCUUGUCCAGCAACCAGGAUCACAUCCCCCUGGCAGCUCUGCCCCUGCUGGCCACCUCUGCGCCCCAGUACCAGGACGCCGUGGCCACAGUCAUCCAAAGGGCCAACCUGGCCUACGGGGACUUCAUCAAGUCCCAGGAGGGCACAGCCUUCAGCGGGCAGGUCUGUCUGAUCGGGGACUGCGUGGGGGGCGUCCUGGCAUUCGACGCCUUGUGCCACAGCAACCAGCCGCUUUGCGAAAGCCAGAGCAGCAGCCGACGGGGUAGCGUGGCCAGCGUGGCCAGCGUGCAGGACGCGGACCUGUUGGCCCCAGGCACCCUGGUGAACGCAGCGAACUGCCCCAGCAGCAGCAACCUGGAGAGCAGCCGGCACCUCAGCCGCAGCAACAUUGACAUCCCGCACAGCAACGGCACCGAGGACCCCAAAAGGCAGCUGCCCCGCAAGAGGAGCGACUCGUCCACCUAUGAGCUGGACACCAUUCAGCAGCACCAGGCCUUUCUGUCCAGCCUCCAUGCCCGGGUCCUGAGGAAGGAAUCUGGUGCCCGCCGUUCCAGCAGCUCCACCGUGCUGGAUAGCGCUGGCACCCCGAGCAAGUUUGACUUCGAGAUCGCAGACCUCUUCCUCUUCGGAUGUCCCCUGGGGCUGGUGCUGGCCCUACGGAAAACCGUCAUUCCAGCCCUGGACAUUUUCCAGCUGCGGCCCGCCUGCCAGCAAGUAUACAACCUCUUCCACCCCGCCGACCCCUCGGCCUCACGUCUGGAGCCCCUACUUGAGCGCCGCUUCCACGCCUUGGCCCCCUUCAGUGUCCCUCGAUACCAGCGCUACCCGCUGGGGGACGGCUGCUCCACGCUGCUGGUGGAGGCCGUGCAGAGACACCCAGAGCUGGUCCUGGAGGGCCCCUCCGGGGAUGGCUUCCUGGAGACCAGCAUUCCGGUCCCCGCGCCCCGUUCCGGCCCUGGCUGCGUGGAGUCGGAUGCACUCCAGGCCCACAGCGCGGUCUUGCAGGAGCAGGCGACCCCCUCCUCACCCGGCGUGCCCCCUGCUUCCCGAGGCUUCCGUCGGGCCAGCGAGAUCAGUAUUGCCAGCCAGGUGUCGGGCAUGGCCGAGAGUUACACUGCGUCCAGCAUCGCCCAGAUUGCUGCCAAGUGGUGGGGUCAGAAGCGUAUCGACUACGCCCUGUACUGCCCGGACGCCCUGACGGCCUUUCCCACCGUGGCGCUGCCUCACCUCUUCCACGCCAGCUACUGGGAGUCCACCGACGUGGUCUCCUUCCUGCUGAGACAGGUCAUGCGCCACGACUGUUCUAGCAUCCUGGACCUGGAUGGCAAGGAAGUGUCCGUGUUUAGCCCCUCAAAGCCCAGAGAGAAGUGGCAGCGCAGGCGGACCCACGUGAAACUAAGGAAUGUGACAGCCAACCACCGGGUCAAUGACGCACUGGCCAAUGAGGACGGGCCGCAGGUGUUGAUGGGCCGCUUUAUGUAUGGCCCCCUGGACAUGGUCACCCUGACAGGGGAGAAGGUGGACAUUCACAUCAUGCUGCAACCUCCCUCUGGGGAGUGGCUCUACUUGGACACGCUGGUGACCAGCAGCAGCGGCCGCGUCUCCUACACUAUCCCGGAGACGCAGCGCUUGGGAGUGGGCGUCUACCCUAUCAAGAUGGUGGUCAGGGGCGACCACACCUUCGCCGACAGCUACAUCACGGUGCUGCCCAAGGGCACGGAGUUCGUGGUCUUCAGCAUUGACGGCUCCUUUGCCGCAAGCGUGUCCAUCAUGGGCAGCGACCCCAAAGUGCGAGCCGGGGCUGUGGACGUGGUGCGGCACUGGCAAGACCUGGGCUACCUCAUCAUCUACGUGACUGGCCGGCCCGACAUGCAGAAGCAGAGGGUAGUGGCGUGGCUGGCACAGCACAACUUCCCCCAUGGCGUGGUGUCCUUCUGUGAUGGCCUGGUCCACGACCCGCUCCGGCACAAGGCCAACUUUCUCAAGCUGCUCAUCACGGAGCUGCACCUGCGCGUGCAUGCUGCCUACGGGUCCACCAAGGAUGUGGCGGUCUACAGUUCCAUCAGCCUGUCCCCCAUGCAGAUCUACAUCGUGGGCCGGCCCACCAAGAAGCUGCAGCAGCAGUGCCAGUUCAUCACGGACGGCUAUGCAGCUCACCUGGCCCAGCUCAAGUACAACCACCGAGCCCGGCCCGCCCGCAACACGACCACCCGCAUGGCUCUGCGCAAGGGCAGCUUUGGCCUGCCUGGCCAGGGUGACUUCCUACGCUCCCGGAACCACUUGCUCCGCACCAUCUCAGCCCAGCCCAGCGGGCCCAGCCACCGGCACGAGCAAACGCCAAGCCAGGCAGACACAGAGCAGAGGGGCCAGCGCAGCAUGAGCAUGGCCGCUGGCUGCUGGGGCCGAAACGUGGCCGGCCGGCUGGAGCCGGGAGCCAGCACUGGCCCCAAGUAGGCGCUGGUAGUGAGCGCUGUGGUGGUCUCCAUGGUGCUAGGCCGAGGUGGCCAGCCCUGCCAGGAGGCCUGGCCUAGGCACACACCAUUGGCCAUGCUUGUCCAGGGCCCUGCAGAGAACUUGGGCUGUGCCACCCACAGGCCUCCCAGCCUCGCCUAUGUCCUCAGGGUCAUGAAGCUGACAGGACAAGCUUCUCAGGAUGGCGGGCCCCUCCACCAAGAAGACACACUGGGACACGUGCCUCACUCACACUGACCCGGGCCCAGCCUGUCACCUUCUGGCUCUAGCCCGCCCUGACCCCCGGGUCCUCUCCCACUUGGUAGCUGCUCGGACAGGGGGUCCAGCCUGCUUGUUAGCUCGAGUUAACGCGACUAGACCUCACUGGUUUCGCACUGAUGCUCGAGCAGAGACCCACAACCAUCUCUUGUCUACGGACGCGUGGACAUGCAUGAAAACCCAAGCCUGGCCCACCCAGGACCCACUGCCACACGCAAGGGCCCGGGCGGUAGCACCGUGGGCAGCGGGAGAGCAAGGUCUCUCAGCAAGACCCAGCCUCUCGGGCCCCGGCAGCUGCCUGGCCCUGUCUGUGGACGCAGCCCUGGUGGUGAGGCCGCCAGAAGCCUCGGGUGAGGGCUGGCCGGCUCCUGCUCCUCGCCUUCCUCCAGUCAGUCCCGCCUCUGCGUCCGCCACCUCCCCCCCUCCACGUUUCUACACCUUUCUACUUCUCCGAUCUGAUUUCUAUGAGGUUUUUUUAAAUGAGCAAAUCCUUGGCUGCUUCCUUUUCUUAACUCUUUCAGUACCAAGCGCAGCCCCUCCACAUGACAAGCCCAGCACUGUGAUGGAGUCCAGCCUGGCUCUGGGUCCCCCAGGUCCCACCCUCUGCCCGUGCAGGGGUCACGGGCUCCCUGCCUCACCUGCCCCGUGAACUUCACCCAAUUUCUACUCUGGGAUGGGUGGGAUGCACACUUAAAAAUAAUUUUUUUAAUGCCGAUUUUGUUUUGAUGCCGAAUCUAAGAAGCCACAACUUGCUUUGUUAGCUCACGGGUAGCCAGACGGAACCGAACCAGGCUGCCCCUAUAUUGGGCUGAGCUGUGGCCCAUCCCCUUCCCCCAAGCACAGUCUCCGGCAGUGGCACUUGGCUCUGGGCCACUGGGCCGACCUCGCCCCUUUCAAGAGGAGAGGGGGUCGCCUGGCACCGUGAGACCAAGAUCCAUGUGGGAGAAGCCGUGCUUAAACGCCAGCCAGAAGCUGGUGCCGUUUGCCCCGUGUAGAUAUGUACAGCUGGAUGGGGCGUGUAAAUGUUCUGCAGAGCGAGGCUGUACAGCGUGAAAGCUAUUUAUUUUGUGCAGAGAAUAAUGUCUGGAGGGAUGGGACCUUCAGAGUGUGUUCAUAUUGAAGAUGUAGCAUCUUGUUCUUUCAGACGUCUUGUAUAAAGCGACGAUUAUUUUACGGACCAA